GCAGUCGGUAGUCGGAGCUGGAACCCAAUCCGUGAAUCGUCAUCUGCCGAGCUCGGUGAGAUUUGUGGGUGUCAUCCUCGCAUAUUGCAUUCCGCAAUGGCAGCAAUUGCGUCCAUGGCUCUCCAGGGUGCUGCUGCUCCCACAGCAUUGGGAGCUGUCGCCAGCUGCAAGCCCCUCCAGAAGAAGCCUUCUUCUUGCUCAUGGAUUUGCCGAGCUGUGGAUGAGGAGAUUGCGGAUAUGUCCAAUGUGGGUUUGGACGAUGUGUUCAACCUCAUCCAGCAGGCUUCAAGUGCUGACCCUGAGCCCGAAGACCUAGUUGCUGGAUCCACCGCCAAGAAAUCUUCGACUACAUUGUCAGGAGCCGCUGAAUGGUACAAGGUAUACGGUAAGUCGGUGGCACCCAGCCAGGACACUCGAACUGCAUACUACGGACCCAACCGGCCAUUGUGGAAAGGUCCCUUCACAUCACCGAAGGACGUCCCCGAAUAUCUCAAGGGUGAGUACCCGGGAGAUUACGGUUGCGACAUCUUCAAGCUUGUGAGGCUCCCAGAAAACUACGCGAAGCUUCGAUCUCAGGAGCUCAUGAAUGGUCGCUGGGCGAUGCUUGGCAUCACCGGUUGCCUUGUGCCGGAGCUGAUCAACUCAAACCCCACCCCGGGCUUUGAACCAGUGUGGUUCAAGACCGGAGCUCAGAUCUUCUCCGAGGCUGGAAUUGACUAUCUCGGCGUCCCUGGGUUCAUCAAUGCGCAUAGCUUGGUUGCCGUGAUCGUGGUGCAAGCUUUGCUCAUGGGUGUAGCUGAAUAUGCGAGGAUCAAACUGUCGCCUGAGGGCAAUGAUGCUUUUUACCCCGGCGGGAAGGCAUUCGAUCCUCUUGGGUUCUCAAGUGACCCAGAAAGUUUUGCUGAGCUGAAGGUUAAGGAAAUCAAGAACGGGCGACUUGCCAUGAUGGCCAUGGCUGGUCUGUUUGCUCAAGGCGCUGUGACGGGAGUAAGUCCCUUGCAAAACUUACACGAUUUUUUGAAGUUGUGAAGUCCUCCUACCCAAGUGGUGCUAGUUUUCAGUCCCAGAAGUGUUGGAUCAUUGUUGUAUCACAAUCAACGAUACCGAGAUUCCAAGUGUGAGGGCCACACUUAGUAAAUCUAUUCCCAACUUGCUAUCAAGCGGGAGAAUUCUUGGAAUCACGAGUCACAACUAGGUACUACUCAUUGAUUUUUCGAAUACUUGCUCUCUGCAAGUUAGAAUGGAGACGAGAUACACUGGAUCGCUUCUUCUUGAGGCUCUUGCUUGGAUACUGGGUUUAGAGGUAGGACUAAGCCAUUAGAGUCUUGGAAUAUAGAGCUAUGGCUUGCCUACUUCAUUGAAAUAUUUUACAAUGCCGAUGUUCGCUGGAAAAAAAGUACCGUUUGUGUCAGGACA